CUGAACUUAUCGAUAGCAUCGUUUCGCAUUAUUUACUGAUGAAUCCGAUGAAGUCGAUGAGCUCAGUGCUGAGUUCAGCAACUUGUUCUAUUUCCAGAAAGUAACAGUAGUGUAGCUUCUGGUAAACAAUGAUAACCUUCCCAUAACACUACCCUUUUCUGAUUACAGGUCUAUUUGGUAAAAGAUAUUUUUGUUAAUGCAUUUUUAUUAUCUCGAGAAAGCAGAAAGCCGUAUAUAUUAAAUUACAAAAUGAAUUGUUUUUUACGUCUGAACUGCGUCAAAAAUAUUAGUUCAGUGCUCUCCAAUAAUUCAAUUCUGGUUUGCCACUAUGCUGCAAGGAAAGGCACCAGAGAAAAAAUGAGGAGAAAAAAAGUAAAAGUUGAGAUAAAGAAAGUUGGGUUCAUUCCACAUAAUCUACGUGAUAAAGGAUCAACAGGGCCUUUUAUAUCCAAGAGAUUGUCUGAUGAUACGAGGAAUUGGCCUCUUGAUGAUGUUUGGGUUCAAAGGUAUCAUAAAUGGAGAAUUUAUAAUUUUCAAGAAGCUGUUGAAUCUCAUCGAGAAACUCAUCAUCCUCAAAUUUACAAUAUACCUGAUGCUCCUCUUAAUGCUUUUAUUGAGCUAGACAUGAAGGGUGCUAAAAAAAAUAAAUUUGUGCACAGUUUCACUCGUGUUGCAAGAACACCAUAUCACUUUGAUAAUGGAGAGGAUAGAACCACCUUAGUGUUUUGCAAAACUCCUGAGGCCCGCGCUGAAGCUGAAGGUGCUGGUGCAACUCUUAUUGGGGAUAUUGAUAUCAUAAAAAAGAUUGAGAAAGGUGACAUUGUACUACCAGAUUUUCAACACAUCUUAGCCCAUCCAAAUAUUCUACCCGAGCUGGUAAGCUUAAGAGGUCUCAUGAAAAAGAAAUUUCCCAAUGUUAAGUCAGGUACUCUUGGAACCAAUAUUGGAGAAAUGGUUACUACUUUUCGCAAAGGAAUACAAUAUACUGCUCUUCAAGAUAUUGGUGAACCUGAUUAUGGCUUUAUCGAUGCGCAGAUUGGAAAUUUGAAUAUGGAAACCAGUCAUUUAGAAGAAAAUUUCAAAUGUUUGCUUGAAGAUAUCAACGUUAUGAGACCUAAAAGAACAGGAGCUUUUAUCACCAGAGUUUUCUUGACUUCUGCUCCAUCGAUAGAGAGGCUAAAAGUUGGUCUUGAGCCUUAUCUGGCUGAUGAUUUUGUAAAAGAUGCUUAUGAAAGUGAUAGUGAUGAUGAAGUAGCAGCUAAAGCUAAUUAAUGAAUGUUAACAUUAAAUAUAAAUAAAUAAUGUGUUGUUUUU